CGAUUCUUUAAUUACUUAGCAAGCUAGAACUUUUUUGAAAUUAAUCAAAAUCAUGAAAAUUAUUAACUUUCGUUCUGAUGUUUGCCUUGCAAUUAUAGUAUGUGCUUGUGUGCUGCUGACAAUAUUGUUUUUGAUACUUCAUGGUAAUCAAAGUCAGCGCAUAAACGUUGCGACUAAGAAACAUGAAAGUGUGCGCCAUAAACGCAUUUCUCUAAAAAGUGGAAAUAGAACUCACAUACAACGACUUUUGUUGCGUCCAAGAAAUGGUCAAAGUAUAAAAAAGAAGACGACAUGGCAAAAUAUUUUAAAUAAUAAACCACUUCGACUGGGCUGGACUUAUAGUCGUCGCCGCCGAAGUGUGUCUUAUGUGUUGGGUGUGCCGACUGUUUAUCGUGCUGGCGAGAAUUAUCUGCUGGACACGUUGUAUCUGCUGAUAGAGAAUAUGAAUGCCUAUCAUCGCGACAACAGCUUGAUUGUGGUUUAUAUUGGCGAGACGAAUGCCUCAAUUGUGCAUCAGAUUUGGCAGGAUAUAAAAGAGACAUUCGGCGACGCUUUGGAUGUGGGAUUAAUUGAUGUCAUCACACCACCAGCUGAGUAUUACCCUUCGCGUGUUCGUUGGCGCACCAAACAGACGCUUGAUUACUGUACAUGUACAUGUACAUGUAUGUAUCUAAUGACUUAUGCUCGCAGUCGAGGUGUUUAUUAUUUGCAACUAGAAGAUGAUAUUGUACCGACCGAGGGUUAUAUGGAAUACAUUAAUAAAUUAUCUGCUUUGCAUACGAAUUUUCGCUUGGCUCAUCAUCGUCGCUGGAUUGUGAUGAGCUUCUGUGAUCUCGGCUUUAUUGGCAAAUUGUUUCGCACUGAGGAACUUCAACGAUUUCAAUCCUAUGUGCAACUCUUCUAUAAUGAUCAGCCCAUCGAUUGGCUGCUGCAGUCGUAUGUGAAGCUGAAAUGCUGUCGCUGGGAUGGCUUCGAAAUGCCUGACUGUCAUCGCGAAUAUUCGCAGUACUUUAUUCGUGCCGAUCAGUCGCAGUUUCAGCACAACGGCUUAAAGUCCUCACUGCUUGACAAGGAGCAGCAAUUGCAGGAUAAGCGAUUCGAUAAGGAUUCGGGACGUUUACGCAUGCAACAUUUGCGACAACCAUUCAAUUUGAUUGCGUCACACAAACGCACAGUGCUUAGGGAGAAACUUGAACUGAAAGAGGGCGAAACAUUUCUUUGGGGCUACAUGCCACACGAUUUUUCGAUAGCUCGUUAUUUGCGACAACAUCAAUUCGAUGCCAGGCAAUUUAAGAUUCGCAAUAACGAUAAUUUUGCCGAACUAUUUGUAAAUGUGACGAAUGAAGUGCCAACGUUUACCAAAAACAGCAGCAAGUCAAAGCAAUGCGGUUUCAUUAUGAGUUUAACCGCUGGAGGCAGAUUUGAGCCGCCAACUCUGAUGUAUUUUUAUAUGAAGGACAAUGAUACAACAGGUGGUGAAUUGAGCUGGUUUAGACGCUUCUUUUGGAGCAAAUAAUUGCAUACAAUUUUAGAAUGUUUUAUUGUAAAAUGUGUAACUACAAAUUGUUUUUAACAUAAUCUAUUAAUUAGUAUUUAAAAUUAAUUGAGAAUGCAUAAAAUUAUGUGAAGUUUAAUGCA